GUGUACUCUUUACCAGAAAUGGAACCAGCAACUCAACGUGAAGUAGAAGAGACUGUGCUCGAGAUCUUACGAAACACGGACAUGAACAAGAUGACCGAGUUCAAGGUCAGAACCAUGGCAGCGGAGAAGCUUGGGAUCGAUCUCUCAGGUCAAGAACCCAAGCGUUUUGUUAGAAAAGUCGUCGAGUCGUUUCUGCUGUCCAAGGAACAGGAGGAACAACAGGUGACAGUCGCUGCUGCGGAUGAAGAAAACAAAGAGGUCGAACAAGAAGAAGAAGGCGGCGAAGGUGAAGAGGAGGAGAAGAAGCCCGCCAUCUCUGCGAAAGAAUACGACGAUGAGGGCGAUCUCAUUAUUUGCAGGCUAUCGAACAAGAGAAGGGUUACGCUUCAAGAUUUUAGAGGGAAAACCUUGGUGUCGAUAAGAGAGUACUACGAGAGAGACGGGAAACAACUUCCUACCUCAAAAGGAAUCAGUUUGACAGCGGAGCAAUGGUCAGCUUUCAGUAAGGCUGUGCCUGCAAUAGAGGAAGCCAUCGAAAAGAUGGAGUCCAGGCUAAGGUGAUGUUUGGAUUUCAGAGUGCGUGCAACAUUUUAUAAUCAAAGUCCUAAAAAAAGCAAUGAUGUUUCAAGUGGAACAAGGUGAUUUUUCGCUCCUUGGAAGGAUUUUGUUGUACAAAUGAAGUCUAUUACCCUCUUUCGUUUUCUGUGGUGGGUUGGGGGUGUAGUUUUGGUCGGCUUGCUUUAGAAAGAUUAUCUAGUGAGCUAACUGUUGUAUGCUCUUCGAUCAGGUUGUAACUCCUUUGAUGUAUGCUUACAAAAUUAUGCCUGAU